CUCCGUCGUUUCAUGGUGGCGUAACGUUAGAGACUUAGUGAGAGGGACUGAGGGCUUCGAACUGCCCUCUCGCACAUUUUGAAGAAAGGAAGCAACCAUAAAAUCUCCCCCAAAACACACACACACACACACACACCGAAAAAGGGCAUUGGGAAAUUCCAACCUUCAUAUCAAAUCAAACACCGUCCCUUACUUUUCCCUCCAUUCUUUCUUCUUUUCCUCUACACAAUUCCAUCCUCCGCGCCUGCUGAGUGAUAACUGCACUCGAAUUCCGCAUGUUCGUUUGCAUUUUCACUUCUGGGCUUAUUUUCUUUUCCACUUUUCUUGACGCAAUACUCACGACCCUUCAACACCCUUUUGUGUUUACUGUUCAUGCAUUUUGAGUUGUUACCUAGGGGGUUCGACGGUAAAGAAACAAUCUUGGUAAUUUUUCUGUAGGAAUGCUGCGGGUAACUGUUUGGCUGAAUUUCUUAGUGCGGAGUCUAAAGGGAAGCGGCUGAGCCGGAUCUGAAGUGGGGUAUCAGUAUUUUGGGAUCUUGUUGGUGAAAGGAGGCAGAGAUGGUGGCUGAGGCUUGGAUUUUGAAAAUGGGCAACCAGGUGAGUAGUAACUUUAGGCAUGCUUUGUAUCUUGAUAGUUCGACAAAGUCAUCAAAUAAGGCCCAAGAGAGGCAAAUUAUUGGGAUACUAUCUUUUGAAGUUGCUAAAGUGAUGUCCAAGAUUGUGAAUUUGCACAAAUCUUUGACUGACCAUGAGAUACUUAAGCUGAAGAAUGAGAUUUUAAAGUCUGAGGGCAUAAAAACCCUUGUGUCAGAUGAUGAAAAACUGCUCUUGGAGCUGGCCCUUGUGGAGAAACUUGAUGAUUUCAGUAGGAUCGCGAGUGUUGUGUCUAGGUUAGGGAAGAAAUGCACUAUCCCAGCAUUGCAUGGGUUUGAACAUGUCUUCGGAGAUAUUGUUUCCGGAGUGAUUGAUAUUAAGGAAUUGGGAUUUUUGGUGAAGGAUAUGGAAAGUAUGGUGAGGAGAAUGGAGCGAUAUGUGAAUACCACGGUGAAUUUGUAUAGAGAAAUGGAGGUUCUGAAUGAGCUGGAGGGAGCUACCAAGAAGUUUCAGCCGAAUCAGCUUGAAGAGAGUAGGAAGGUUUUUGAGCAGAAGUUGACAUUGCAGAAGCAACAUGUGAGGCAUUUGAAGGAUGCUUCACUUUGGGACCAGACAUAUGAUAAGGUUGUGGAGCUGUUGGCCAGGACGAUGUGUACAGUUUAUGCUCGAAUAGAUAUUGUGUUUGGAGAUGGCCAUUCGAGUAAUACUUCUAGUAUGUUGGCCUCCAGAUCACAGUAUGGUUUUAAUGGGAGUUUGCGGUCUGUGAAGCAAGACCCAGGGCGAAAAUCAGGCCAAUUAGAUCUAGUUAACAAGGUACAGAAUGACACAAGUUUCCAAAAGUCUCUGUCAGCCAAGAGUAAUGGUUAUGGCAACCAUCCCCGACGAAUUGUGGACGAGGGGCUGGAGAAGAAGAGCAAUAGUUUUGGGUCCAAAGUGGGACUGCAGAAAAGUGAAGGAGGCUUGUUGGGUCUGGAAGAUUUCAACUUUGUAUGUGGUAUUGGGCCAGGACGGCUGUUCAUGGAAUGUUUAAGUCAAAGUAGUUCCGUUUCAGAAGUGGAAGAUGAUGAUCAUGUUAGUUACGAUGGUCAAAGCAGUCAAGUUUCAGGCUGUUUUGGUGUUGCAAGCAACACAAAAAGAGAUAAUCCCACACUUUCUGAUAUUCUUGUUCGCCCGAUCAAUGGGGAUCCUUUAUAUGUAGAAUCAAGGCAGUUCAAGAGCAGUUCAGUAAAGGACGCGACUCUCAGGCCCAAGAGUGGCUUGCUGGUAUAUGUGCCUCCUAAUUCUGUUGGAGGCUCUGCACUAGCCUUGCACUAUGCCAAUGUUAUCAUUGUCAUUGAGAAACUGCUUAAGUACCCGCAUUUGGUUGGUGACGAAGCCAGACACGAUUUGUAUCAGAUGCUCCCAACAAGCCUAAGAAAGACUUUGAAAACUAAUUUAAAGUCUUACACAAAAGAUUUGGCUAUUUAUGAUGCACCUCUGGCCCAUGAUUGGAGGGAGAAACUCGACUCAAUGCUUAAGUGGCUCAGCCCACUGGCACACAACAUGAUCAGGUGGCAAACAGAACGUAAUUUUGAACAGCAGCAAAUCGUCUCAAGGACAAACAUUCUUCUGCUCCAGACGUUAUAUUUUGCUGAUCGCAAAAAGACCGAGGAAGCCAUCUCUGAGCUACUCGUUGGUUUAAAUUAUAUAUGCAGAUAUGAGCAACAACAGAAUGCCUUAUGGGACUGCGCAAAUAGUUUCAAUCUUGAAGACAGCAUUGAAUGGCAAUUACGAGUUGGUGCCUCGUUUCAUUCUUGACUUUAUCAUUAGCUUUUAAAUUACACGAUAUUGGUGGUGAGCUUUUGUCGGAAACUUUAUGCCGUAGUAUGAUUACAUUAGAUCAUACUUCUAGAUACUGUGAAUAUCAGAGCUUUGGUUGUUCGACGUGGUCUUGUGCAAACUAGCCUAUUUGAUUGUAAGUUAUUGACAACCGCAACUCUUGGCUAAGAAAAUUGUUCCGUAAUGUCUUACACUAUUGGUUAAGGUUGAGGUCCCAUGAAUAAGUUUGAAAUAAUAGAUUUGACCGUACAAGUAUUUGUCGAGUUUUGUUAUAGA